GUUUAUGGUAACCAUGGCGGCGGCCGCAGCCUCAGAGAUCCUGAAUUUUAAUGUCGGGGUGCUGGGUCACAUCGACAGCGGGAAGACGUCGCUGGCCCGGGCCCUGAGCACCACGGCCUCCACCGCCGCGUUCGAUAAGAAUCCCCAGAGCCGGGAGAGGGGCAUCACCCUGGACCUGGGCUUCUCGUCCUUCUGCCUGCCCGUCCCGGAGCACCUCAAGCCGCAUGGAGACUACACCAGGCUCCAGGUGACACUGGUGGACUGUCCUGGACACGCUUCCCUCAUCAGGACCAUCAUUGGAGGUUCUCAAAUUAUUGACCUGAUGAUGUUGGUAAUUGAUGUGACAAAGGGAAUGCAAACGCAGUCUGCGGAAUGUCUGGUGAUUGGUGAAAUUACAUGUCCCCGGUUGGUGGUCAUCCUGAAUAAAAUUGACCUUCUACCAGAGGCAAAGAAGCAAGCGGCUAUAGACAAAAUGACAAAGAAAAUGCAGAAGACACUGGAAAAUACAAGGUUUAAUGGGUGUCCCAUCAUUCCUGUUGCUGCCAAGCCUGGAGGACCUGAUGCCCCAGAGACAGAAACUGCACAGGGCAUUUCAGAACUUAUCGAGCUCCUGAUAUCACAGACGUACAUGCCAAAACGUGAUCCCUCUGGAUCAUUCCUCAUGGCUGUCGACCACUGUUUCUCAAUCAGGGGUCAGGGCACGGUGAUGACGGGUACCAUCCUCUCUGGAUCUGUUAAUGUCAAUGACAGUGUGGAGAUUCCAUCCCUUAAGGUCAGCCGGAAGGUCAAGUCCAUGCAAAUGUUCCGUCAGCCAGUGAACACUGCCAUCCAAGGUGACCGCGUAGGGAUCUGCGUCACUCAGUUUGACCCCAAACAGCUUGAGCGAGGCCUGGUCUGUGCCCCAGACUCUCUGUGUACCUUGUAUGCUGCCAUAAUGUCUGUGAAGAAAAUACCUUAUUACAAAGGAUCAGUCCACACCAAAGCAAAGUUCCACAUCACUGUUGGCCAUGAAACGGUCAUGGGAAAGGUGACCUUCUUCAGUCCUGCCAUUGAGGAUUUUGACAGUGAGCCUGUGAUGGAUCGUUUUGACUUUGACAGAGAAUACCUCUAUCAGGAAGAAUACCUAUCACAGGCCAAGGAUGCUGGUGUUAAUAAAAGCCAAGCAGAUGGAAGCAAGGUGCCCAGGCAGCAGUGGGCCUUGUUGGAAUUUGAGAAACCAGUGACGUGCCCCAGACUGAGCCUGGUUAUUGGCUCCAAGCUCGACACUGAUAUCCAUGCCAAUACCUGUCGGCUUGCUUUUCAUGGAGUCUUGCUGGAAGGUUUUGAGGAAAAAAACUAUGCGGAAGUCUCCCUGCCCAAGCUCAAAGUCUACAAGCUGAAACACAAAGAGGGGCAAGUGGAAAGGGUUUCAGAUGAUUAUAAUGUCAUCGGCCGCUCGCUGUUCAAGAAGGAGACUAACAUGCAGCUGUUUGUUGGGAUGAAGGUGAAAUUGUCCACAGGAGAAGCUGGAGUGAUCGAAGGAGGCUUUGGGCAGAGUGGGAAAUUUAAAGUCAGAAUCCCAGAUGGAUUAAACCCUGAAACCAAGCAACAGCUCACAACAUCCAGCAAGAAGAAAUCGAAAGGAGGGAAGGGCGACUCAACGAAAGGGGAAGAUGGGAAGACUGAAGUACAACCCACAAUGAUCAUUUUGGCCUUUAAAAGAUACAUAUUUGAUCCCCAAAAGAAAAUGAUACAGUCCUAAAGUGUUUGUGAAGCGUAGGUGUUCAGGGCUAGGACUGGGUUAAACAAAAUCCUUGCCUUAAAAUCCAUUAUUCUGGGGACAGGUUUCUGUGAUUUCUGAAGGAAUAAAACCAAAAUGAAUUCUUUUGAUUGCUACGAGAUGUAUUCUGUUUCAAAGUUUUGGAAUGUAAGGGUCUAUCUCACCCUUACCCCUAACGGAGCUAACUGAUGAUAGCACAUCCCAAGGCAGUGCUGCUGUCAGUGAGGAACUGUUCGAAAUGUCAAGGUGUGAUUGUCCGUCAGCUGAUUGACCACAUGGUGGAGGGGAAAUUUCAUCCUGGCCUCAAACAUGUGUCCAGAUGACUUCAUAUCAUCAGGAGUCAGGGGUGGGAUAAAGAUCAUGAGUGCUUUAAGUGCAGAGAGAGAGAGAGAGAGCAGUCCAAGUUAACAUCUCAGAUCAGUGACCUUCUACGAAAACUGGAAUUGGCUUGGAGAUGCAACAGGCAUUUCAGCCCAUACGGAGGCAGGCUCGGGGAGCUGUAGGGGAACAAGUUGAAAACUGUACAAUAGGAGAUGAAAUGAUGGAAGAGGAACGAUGCAAGGCUAAAGGAGGUGGUGAGGGAUAAAGCAAAAGGUGGGUGCAGAGAGGAUGGAAGGGGGAUCAGCAACAACUUUGCUCAAAACAACCCAAAGAACUGUGAAUGCUGGAAACCAGAAGCUGCUGAGAAAUUCAGCAGGUCAGGCAGCAUCAGUGGAGAGAAAGCAAAGUUAACAUCUCUGGUCCAGAGACCUUCAGACCUUCAGCAUAGACACCUGCUCCUGCUGACAAGGCCUGUUUCACUGCACUCACUUCAGAAUUGGGGUCCGCAGCACUAGGUUCGCCCUGCAGCUGUAGUGCUAGUGCAAAGGGUCUUGGGCUCACUGUAAGUGUAACCAGCCCACACCUAGCCCCGUUCUAGAAAUGUAACCAGCCCACACCCAGCCCCGUUCUAGAAAUGUAACCAGCCCAUACCCAGCCCCGUUCUGGAUCUGAUUCUUAUUUCAAAAACAUCACAACCUUCCUCCAGCCGUGACAGCAUUACAGAAACUGCACUGAGAUCUGACCAGCACUGUGUUCAAAAUGUAGAUUACGACAUCAGCUGAUUGAAUGUAAAUCAUUUCUUAGUUUAAUUGUGAAUUGAAUGUACAAAUUGUUCAAUAUUAUCAAUACUCGUCAUGCCAUGAACUGCCCUGACAGCCAUUGGGUGUGACGUAAUGUUAACUUCUAAACAAGCCCUCUCCUCUCUUGUUUCCUCUCUUCUUAUCUUUGUUUUACACAAACCAACAUUCCCACAGCCACAGCAGGGAGUUCUCUCAUUUUCUUGAUGGAUAUUUAUGCCUAAUGGACUGGAACCACAGACAGAGGGUUCAUGUGUUUUAUUGUUUGCUCAUGUUCCACUACAGAAGGCCUUCUGAAGCACUGUCGCUGACCCUGAUGAACAUUUCUCCUAACCUGCUGUUCUGUUCGUAAUGCCUGUAUCCUCUAUCCUGGUAACCCACUGCGUUGAAAAAUGUGUUGCUGGAAAAGUGCGGCAGGUCAGGCAGCAUCCAAGGAGCAGGAGAAUCGACGUUUCGGGCAUGAGCGCACCUGGGAUCCACUGCAGGCCUAUUCAUUCUAUUAGUUUCCUGUUCCAUCUCUGGAUUCAUCGCUACUCAACUCCAGCCCCCCAACUCACUGUACCCACAAGCACCACCCUGACCUCACUGUAUACACAUGCACCAGCCCCCUGAGCUCACUGUACCCACCCUCAACACACCCCCUAAGCUCACUGUUACCUCCAAACAAGCCCCAGAGUUCACUGUACCCACAAACACCACCCCCCUGAGCUCACUGUACCCCCCAAACAACACCCCCCUAAACUCACUGUUACCUCCAAACUGUUACCUCCAAACACCAGCCCCCGAGCUCACUGUACCCCCCAAACACCACCCCCCUGAGCUCACUGUACGCCCCAAACACCACCCACCCUGAGCACACUGUACCCCCCAAACACCAACCCCCUGAGAUCACUGUACCCCACAAACAUCACCCCCUUGAGCUCACUGUACUCCCCAAACACCACCCCCCUGAACUCAGUGUAUCCCCAAAGCCUGCACCCACCAGGCCAGCUGUCUGGCCCCAUCCCCCGAAGCCCAAUGUAUAGUGUCUCCCCCCAACUCCAGGGUUCACUGCCUCUCUCCAUCCGGUCUCUGCACCCCCAUCCCCAAACUCACUGCCCCCUACACUCCCCCGAACCCCCAAACUCACUGCCUCCUACACUCCCCCGAACACCCAAACUCACUGCCCCCUGCACUCCCCCGAACCCCCAAACUCACUGCCCCCUGCACUCCCCCGAACCCCCAAACUCACUGCCUCCUACACUCCCCCGAACCCCCAAACUCACUGCUUCCUACACUCCCCGAACCCCCAAACUCACUGCCUCCUACACUCCCCCGAACCCCCAAACUCACUGCCCCCGAACCCCCAAACUCACUGCCCCCUACACUCCCCCGAACCCCCAAACCCACUGCCUCCUACACACCCCCGAACCCCCAAACCCACUGCCUCCUACACUCCCCCGAACCCCCAAACCCACUGCCUCCUACACUCCCCCGAACCCCCAAACCCACUGCCUCCUACACACCCCCGAAUCCCCAAACUCACUGCCCCCUACACUCCCCCGAUCCCCCAAACCCACUGCCUCCUACACUCCCCCGAACCCCCAAACCCACUGCCCCCUACACACCCCCGAACCCCCAAACCCACUGCCCCCUACACACCCCCGAACCCCCAAACUCACUGCCUCCUACACUCCCCCGAACCCCCAAAACCACUGCCCCCUACACACCCCCGAACCCCCAAACUCACUGGCCCCUACACACCCCCGAACCCCCAAACACACUGCCUCCUACACUCCCCCGAACCCCCAAACUCACUGCCCCCUACACUCCCCCGAACCCCCAAACUCACUGCCUCCUACACUCCCCC